GUGAGUGCGCCGUUGUUUAUCCUCCCCUGCUCCUCCACCAUGAAGGAGGCCACCAUGGCUCUCUCCGUUAGUGUGGAGGCUCUGCAGCUGCAGGCGGACCUCCUGGAGGACGCUGCUUACCGGGACGACGGCCUGUGUGUGGUCGGUAUCUUCGGUAAGAGCAACAUGCAGCCCGGGCCGCUGAAGGACUCUCUGGUCAACACUCUGGCCGACAAACACAUCUUCUCCCUGCUCGGCGGAGCGGAGGACGGCGGCUUGGCUGACAGCAGCAUCCGGGCCUUCUACAACCAGGAGAACCGGGUCCUCUACCUGCUGCUGUCCUCCGUGUCCGACAGCCGGCAGCUGCUGCGGGCCUGCCAGUCCCUGAGCGCCGCCACCAGCCACUCGGACGCCCACGACUUCUGGAAGGGCCUGGACCGGCAGCACUGCCUCCACCUGCUCUACAUGUUCUCCGUGUGCCACGUACUGCUGCUCGUACACCCCAACCACACCUUCGACGUGACCUACGACCGGCUCUUCAGGGCCUUGGACGCCCUGAGGCAGAAGGUCCUUCCUCUGAUCCGGGCUGCCAUCAAGGACUGCCCGGUGUCCAAAGAGUGGAAGCUGAACUGCAGACCCUGUCCUCCACGGCUGCUCUUUGUCUUCCAGAUGAACGGAACCCUGAAGCUCCCUGGGAGCAGCUCGGAGUCUGGAGGAAACCCUGACAAACCCAAAAAACACUCUCCCAGGAGGCGGCUGCAGCACGCCCUGGAGGACCAGAUUUAUCGGAUCUUCCGUAAAAGCAGAGUUCUGACCAAUCAGAGCAGCAACUGCCUGUUCACUGUUCCCGCCAACUAGGCUUUCGUAUACGUGAUCCCGACCGCAGACGAGGACCCUGUGGGCGCUUUGCUCGGCCAGCUGAGGUCAAACUGCAUGUUGGGGGACCAGGACUCCACCCCGACGGUUUCAGGGCCGAGGCGUUACCAGCAGAUGCGACGUUCGGCUCAGCAGCCCAGCAGCAGCGGGGAGCUGAGUGGCAUGUCGCUGGGUGGUCUGCUGGUGGACUGCAGCUUGAAGGAGUUCCUCUGGCAGCACGUUGAGCUGGUUCUGACCAAGAAAGGCUUCGAUGACAGCGUCGGACGCAACCCGCAGCCUUCACACUUUGAGCUGCCGACCUACACCAAGUGGGUCCAGGUGGCCUCCAGACUCCACCAGGUCCUCAUCAGCAACUCAGACGACGAGAUGGCCGAGCUGGCCGCCAAAGUGCAAAGCCAGGUGAAGGUUCUAGAGGGUUUUCUUGACGCUGACACGAAGUUCUCAGAGAACCGAUGUCAGAAAGCGCUGCCUCUGGCUCACAGCGCUUACCAGUCCAACCUCCCCCACAACUACACCACCACGGUGCACAAAAACCAGCUGGCUCAGGGUCUGCGGGUUUACAGCCAGCACGCCCGAGGAGUGGCCUUCCAGCGCUACGCCCUGCAGCUCCACGAGGACUGCUACAAGUUCUGGAGCAACGGACACCAGCUGUGUGAGGAGCGAAGCCUGACGGACCAACACUGUGUCCACAAGUUCCACCUGCUGCCUCAGCCAGGAGAGAAGCCGGACAUGGAUCGUAACCCGCCCAUCCUGAACCACAACAGCAGGGGGCGCUCCACCAGCUCCUGCAACUGCGGCAGGAAACAGGCUCCUCGAGAGGAUCCGUUCGACAUCCAGGCGGCUAAUUAUGACUUUUACCAGACCAAAGAACUACAGACUCUUCACAACCUGCUCAAACUCUUGGUACAGGACCUCACCACACGGGUCAAGAAGGUUUCUGUCUCAUUUCUACUCUGAAGAUCACCUUCUCCUGCUCUAACUGCUGACAAAUGUUUCUGCUGCUCUAAAGUCUGAUCUCCAGAACUUCCUAAAAACUCUCAAAGUCUCUUCUGCUGCAGGUUGCUUUGUAGAACUGUUCCAGAAAACCUCACUAAACCACAUGGAGGGGCCUCAAGAUAGUUGUCUAAAUGAAACCAUACAAAAACCAAACUAGCACAACCCAAACGCUAAAGUCUCCUGCAGCCUACCAGAGAACCUCUUUAAACAAAGAAUCAGGACAGGAACUCUUACCUUCUGGACAACCAACGUUGGUUCUCAAACAAGAAUACAGAAUGUGUCUGACCAAAAACCUCUAAAGACUCACUACAGCCAAGAUAAAGACACAACUCAGCUGCACCAAAUCCACUAAUCACUGCAAACAUUAGCACCAUGUGCUAACUGUGGCUAAAGAACCUCAUUUACCAAGACAACUAUCCAGUACAAAGCCCUAAAACACACCAAGAAACACAUUAAAGACGAUUUUACUGCUGGAAGCUGCAAGCCAACGCCUAAAGAACAAACUAAAGCAAUGGAACCAAACCCAGUUCACUGGUGAAGAGAAACAGAGGAAAUGUUUGUCUGCAGCUAAAUAAAGCAGGAAGACACUGAGCUGCUCAGGUGUUCCUGAUAACACCAAGCAGCCACCUGGACAGCCAAUAGGAACACAGCUUCCUGGAAGUCCAGAGGGCGGGGUUAGUCAAGGAAAUUUAGUUUCAAGUUGAAGCAGAAAGUUAACAAAGAAAGUUGAAAACCACCUUCUGAUCCCUGAAAUCUCUGAGUUUUCACACAAAGAACACCUGAACAUGUCAAACUGGUUCCAUAGUAGAACCAUCAUUGUAAAAACGUCAUAGUAUGGUGUGUUGCUCCAAAAACAUUAGGACCCGGCUGUCAGGGGACAAACAUGUAAGAAACAUGAGAACAGAGAGAACCCAACCAGUAGGUCACAGUUUAUCAUCAUCUAAUCAUCUCCUGAAGUCCAUAUGGUGAGAGACAUCAGUAUCUGGUUGUUCAUUUACCAGAGGAUGCUUAUAAUCAUGCUG